AGUAGAUAUUCAACAUGUGUUAACUUCUCUCGAUAGUUUAUAUAUAAGAUUUUAUUUUAUUUAAAGUAGAUAAUACAAAAAAAAGGAAAAUGUCAACGCUUGCUAAACUCACUUUUGGAACGUGUUGUCUAUUAUCUGCCGGCAUAAUAGGAUACGUACAUUACAAACAGGAAGAUGAUAGAAAACGACUUCACGAAGGUGUAUUGCGAGAUAUCGAACGACAGCAGCGCCGGAAAAUAGAAAACAUCUAUAAUCUUCAACAACAAAUUGAUUUGACGAGAGAAUUACAAAAAAGUGUUAGUCGUGAAAACAAUUCUUAAUAUUAUCGAAGAUUUUAAUAGAAAUAAAAGGUCAAUUAAUAACGUGUA